CUGCUGUGAUAUUAUACGCAGUCGCCCUGAACAAGCGUCUUGCAUCUCACGGCAUCCACCCUUACUCGGUACAUCCUGGCAGCAUCAGCACGGGACUGCGAGACUAAGUCAAAGCGCUGGGACCUCAGGCCGCAGAGGUGUUGGAAGAAGCCGCCUGGAGGGUCAACGGCAUGUCUCUUGCGGACUCGAGGAGACUUCAUGGGUCACUGCAGCAAGGGUGCGCUACUGCGAUACGUGCGGCUCUUGAUCAAGACUUGAUGAAAGAGGAGGGCGUUUCUUUGUAUGAUGUGAACUUAACUACGGAUACCAAGCAAGUCAAGGCGGCUACGGAUCCGGAGUUGACAGAGAUGUGCCGUCGGACGAGUGAGGAGGUUGCCGGUGAGAAGUUCUGCUUUCGAACCCAACUAGUUAAUUUGUACGAUAAACCUUUGGGUAGAAACGCCUUUUGUCAAGAUUGUCAUCCAUCGAGAGCGAGGACUUGAAG